AUGUCACUGUCACAGAUGUCUGCAAUGGGCACAUCCAAAGAAGCCGCGGGCAUUUUUCGUCAGGGCUGCUUGCAAAACCCACGGAAACCAAGGAUCCUGCGGGAAUGUGGGGACGAAGAUAUCGGUAGCAACAGCACUGACGAUUUCGAGAUGGGCAAUGACGAGGAGCUUCCAGUUGGAGAACGACCUUCCAGGAACUCAUUCUACUCAUGGACAGAUCGGCGCUUGCAGGCUGAUGGAUCAACAUCCGCAUCAAAUCGCUUCAUGCACGAGGAACAGCGCAAAGAACUUGGCAUCUACCUGGGCAAUUUGAGAUUGAGCUCAAGUAGUGGCAACAGUUUCAAGGCUACGGUCCGACAGAUGCUUGACGACGGUGGGAAAAGGAUGCCAGCGCUGCGACGCCAGGCCUGCGACGGCUCUUGGGCUCGCUGCGUGGCCGACUGUUGGGGGAUGGUGGUGCACUCUGAAGAGGACGUCAAUAGUGAGUUCAUUGCCAUGGAGGAAGAGGACUAUGAACGCCUGCGUGAGCUGGCUUCUGAGCGCGUUCCGGACGAGUCAGAGGCGGCGGUGGAGGUUUCGAGGAAUUCCUUUCAGUCAUGGACAGACCGAAGCUCGCAGAACGUUGGGUCAACUUCCACCUCGAAUCGCUUUGCGCAUGAG